AUGUCUUCAAUUUUCUACCUGUUCUUCGUUAUUUCUCUAGGAUCAUGCGUGAAUUUCGAAGAAAUUCAAAAAGUAGUUGCUGCAAAAUGGAUCAAUUCUAUAAGAUAUCCUGCUGUUUUCAAUAUUUUGGAAAGUUUCGAAUCAUUUGCAAAAAUCAGUAAAUGUGGAAUAUUAAUGACUCCAGGUAGGAAGUUUCAUGAAAUAAAUUUAAUAAUCAAUGAUUUUCAGCUGAUUACAAGAAAACAUUGAUUGUUCAAAAUUUGGAUGUUAUCACGCAUAAUAUUGUGAUUGAAACUGAGAAUUCAUUUGUUGUCAAUUAUCAAUUUUCAAGUCGCAAUCCAAUUCAAAAUCAAAAUCUACAAAUGUUUGGCUAUCUCAGAUUCAUUAGAAAUCCAGUGACUCAACAAUUCAACAUCAACUUUAUUGAAGACCAAUGCUAUCGUCCAAAUUCAAAAUUGAACAUUGUCAAUUUGACCAAAAAGUAA